GGAGCAGGGGGCGGUUUGGUUGCGCGGUACUAGCGGUGCCCGCCGAAGGGGGAGGAGGCGGAGGAGCUCGCCGAGCGGCCAGAGCGGGAAAGCUACUCGUCUCGGCGUCCGAGUUCUGGAGCCGCCGCACCCCGGCUCCUGGGGCUGCAGAGGAAGCUGUGAGGGCCCGGGCGUCCGCUGUCUCCCGGGUCCCCUCGGAGGACCCCGCGGGAUCGGGAAAGGGAGAAGAUGGAGGAGGAGGGCGGCAGCGGCGGUGGCGGCGCCACAGGGACCAGCAGGGACGGCGGCGCCGGGGGAGAGCAGCUCCUCACUGUCAAGCACGAGCUGCGGACAGAUGGGGAAACUGUAAAGGUCACCAACUUGCACAGGAUUACCCCGGAACUAAUUUAACAGGACAUGCAGAGAAGGUGGGGAUUGAAAAUUUCGAGCUCCUAAAGGUCCUAGGAACUGGAGCUUAUGGAAAAGUGUUUCUAGUUCGUAAAAUAAGUGGUCAUGAUGCUGGAAAGCUGUAUGCCAUGAAAGUUUUGAAAAAGGCAACAAUAGUUCAAAAGGCCAAAACCACCGAGCACACGAGGACGGAACGACAGGUCCUAGAGCACAUCAGGCAGUCUCCGUUUUUGGUGACAUUGCACUACGCUUUCCAGACAGAAACCAAACUUCAUCUCAUUUUAGAUUAUAUAAAUGGUGGAGAACUUUUUACUCAUCUUUCUCAAAGAGAGCGUUUCACAGAGCACGGGGUGCAGAUCUAUGUUGGAGAGAUCGUGCUUGCCCUCGAACAUCUCCACAAGUUGGGGAUUAUAUACCGUGAUAUUAAGCUUGAGAAUAUCCUACUUGAUUCUAAUGGCCAUGUGGUGCUGACAGAUUUUGGUCUGAGUAAGGAGUUUGUGGCUGAUGAAGCUGAAAGAGCAUAUUCCUUUUGUGGAACUAUUGAAUACAUGGCACCAGAUAUUGUCAGAGGGGGAGAUUCAGGACAUGACAAGGCAGUUGACUGGUGGAGUUUAGGUGUUCUAAUGUAUGAAUUACUAACUGGAGCAUCUCCUUUCACUGUUGAUGGAGAGAAGAAUUCCCAAGCUGAGAUAUCUAGGAGAAUAUUAAAAAGCGAGCCUCCGUAUCCCCAAGAAAUGAGUGCUGUAGCCAAAGACCUAAUUCAGCGUCUCUUGAUGAAAGAUCCCAAGAAAAGACUGGGAUGUGGUCCACGUGAUGCAGAUGAAAUCAAAGAACAUCUCUUUUUUCAGAAAAUAAAUUGGGAUGAUUUAGCUGCCAAAAAAGUGCCCGCGCCCUUUAAGCCAGUCAUCCGAGAUGAAUUAGAUGUGAGUAACUUUGCAGAAGAGUUCACAGAAAUGGACCCCACCUACUCUCCCGCAGCACUGCCCCAGAGCUCCGAGAGGCUGUUUCAGGGCUAUUCCUUUGUUGCUCCUUCUAUUCUCUUCAAGCGUAAUGCAGCCGUCAUAGACCCUCUUCAGUUUCACAUGGGAGUCGAUCGUCCCGGAGUUACGAAUGUGGCAAGGAGUGCAAUGAUGAAGGACUCUCCAUUCUACCAACACUAUGACCUAGAUCUGAAGGACAAACCACUGGGAGAAGGAAGUUUUUCAAUCUGUCGAAAGUGCAUACACAAAAAAAGUAACCAAGCAUUUGCAGUCAAAAUAAUCAGCAAAAGGUUGGAAGCCAAUACUCAGAAAGAAAUAACAGCUCUGAAACUCUGUGAAGGACACCCCAAUAUCGUGAAAUUACAUGAAGUUUUUCAUGAUCAGCUUCACACAUUUCUAGUGAUGGAACUUCUGAACGGGGGAGAGCUAUUUGAACGCAUUAAGAGAAAGAAGCACUUCAGUGAGACAGAAGCCAGCUACAUCAUGCGGAAGCUUGUUUCAGCUGUAAGCCACAUGCAUGAUGUUGGAGUGGUACAUAGAGAUUUGAAACCCGAGAAUUUAUUGUUCACUGAUGAAAAUGACAAUUUGGAAAUUAAAGUAAUUGAUUUCGGGUUUGCACGCUUAAAGCCACCCGAUAAUCAGCCUCUGAAGACGCCGUGCUUCACUCUUCACUACGCCGCCCCAGAGCUCUUGAAUCACAAUGGCUACGAUGAGUCCUGUGACCUCUGGAGCUUGGGUGUCAUUUUGUAUACAAUGUUGUCAGGGCAAGUUCCAUUCCAAUCUCAUGACAAAAGUUUGACGUGCACCAGUGCGGUGGAAAUCAUGAAGAAAAUUAAAAAGGGAGAUUUCUCCUUUGAAGGAGAAGCCUGGAAGAAUGUAUCCCAAGAGGCUAAAGAUUUGAUCCAAGGACUUCUCACAGUCGAUCCAAAUAAAAGGCUUAAAAUGUCUGGCUUGAGAUACAAUGAAUGGCUUCAAGAUGGCAGUCAGCUAUCCUCAAAUCCUCUGAUGACUCCAGACAUUCUAGGGUCUUCAGGAGCUGCUGUGCACACCUGUGUGAAAGCAACCUUCCAUGCCUUUAACAAAUACAAGAGAGAGGGGUUUUGCCUUCAGAAUGUUGAUAAGGCCCCUUUGGCGAAGAGAAGGAAAAUGAAGAAGACCAGCACCAGUACCGAGACGCGCAGCAGCUCCAGUGAAAGCUCUCACUCUUCUUCCUCCCAUUCUCAUGGCAAAAGGACACCCACAAAGACAUUGCAGCCCAGCAAUCCUGCCGACAGCAAUAACCCGGAGACCCUCUUCCAGUUCUCAGACUGAGUAGCAUAGGAGCGGUAGGAGCAUAACGGAUGAUCCGUUGUCCCGUCUGCUCCCUCAUCGUGCGCCCACGGCCAGCUUCUGUGCUUUGAAACACGUGUCCCAUUGGUCUCCUUGGAAUCUGCCUCGCGGGGAAUCUUUUCAGGAAAACCCAAUUGGUUAUCCUCAUCCAAAAGCACUGGACAGAGAAUGUUACUGUGAAUAGACCACAUGUCAUACUGUUUAGUGACCUAGCAUGGUGCCAACAGGACUGUUUUUGAAAGAGCAGAGAUGUCUGUCAGUUUAAUUAGGGACUGGUGAGAUUUGAGCUGCUGACAAAAUAAGUCACAGGUUCUUCAGAUGUCGGCCAACAAGAGUUCCUCGUACUGUGAUGAUACCUUUUGCUUCGCCUGUGGGCAUCGUGGGUUUUUAAGAGACUUGCACCCUUUGGACAGUGAUUUAUCAGCAAAAAAGGUCUGUUUUGAAAAAGAGCCUGUAAUGAAUUUUAUGUGUGGCAUAUACUUAUUUCUUCAGAGAGGAUUUUAACUUAUUGUUUUUAUUUUAUGGUUACCUAUGACGAUAACCUGCUAUUAUUAAUCUUUUUCUAAAAAGUAAAAAAAAAAAGAUAUAAGAACUUCAGGUCCCACGCUCUAUAUCAGGGACCCAUCUGAGAUGCAUGCUAAGCUAUGUAUGUUUUUAAUUUUGCACUGCUCUUUCCUGGCAAUUUGUUUUAAUGGUUAUUGCAAAAUAUUAAGGUACAUGUCUCUGUUUUAAGUAAUGUUGCACUUUAUAAAAGAAUAUGAAUAAAGCAAGCUAUUUCAUAAAGUGCACUCUUUAAAGCAUAUGUGUACUGUAUUUUUGCCUUUUUUUUUUCCCCAUUAUCUACUUUAAAUUUGCCCUCACAUCCCCCUUCUACUUUGGAUGCAACAAGUAGAAGGGGCCUUGUAUAUCGUAAUCAUUAGCCCCAGAGGCCCUGAUGUGAGGAACACCUAAAGGGAAAUUCUAUUAAACACUGUGCUUAUUUGUACACUGUGCUGUGCUGCAGUGAGGCUUUUCCUCCUGUAGUCGGAUAUUAUGUACAUAAUACUUUAGAAUUAUAACUAUGACUUGUUUUGAAAUUUUUCUGUUAAAUUUAAAUCCAGAAAGCAUAUUUUAUAAACUUAUGCAGAGCACUUUUAUUGCUCAAAAGUUCUGAAUUCAUACCGAAAACAAGUGCUGUGUGCUGAAGACAUUUCACUGAAUGAUUGCUGCAUUUUAAAAUAUGAUUGAUUCAUCCCCUAUGCAAAAAAAGAAGUGAUAGGAUUUGUAUGUUUUAUUUUCUUUUAAAGCCAUCACACGAAAUGUCAGGACUGAGAAAAGCGAUUUUUUGCGAUGUUUACAGGAACCAUGCUUCAAAAGGCCCAACCUGUUUAUUUUGUAGUUUUUGUUAAUGAUAACCUCUUGAGCAUUAGUUUGGAAUUGGGCAUGAUAUUUAUUUAUUCCUUUCUUGAGAUAAUAGCAGCAUUAAUUUCAACCAGUUAUAAAUACUAAAAAUAUUGCACUCUAUGUAAUAGUAUAUUUAUUACUGAACCAAUGUAUAUAUUAAUAGCACAAGCAACAAA